AAGGAAAAUAGGAAAAGAAAGAAAAAAAGACACUGCAGAUUCCUAUAUACAUACCCACCUUGGAUUAUUUAAUCAUUCUUGUUUUAUUUUAUUUUUUUUCCUUUAUUCAUUUUAUUUUUUUCUACUUAAUACACUAGAAAUGGGAAAUUUUUGUGAUCUUAUACACGGGCUUAAGCCAACUAUGAUGAUGGUGACGGUCCAAGUAGUCUUGGCGGGGGUUAAUAUCUUCUACAAAUUGGCUGGAAAUAAUGGUUUUAGUUUGCGGGUUUUGAUCGCUUAUCGUUUUUUGUUUGCUGCUGCUACUGUUGUUCCUCUAGCUCUUGUGCUUGAAAGGAAAAACAGGCCAAAAUUGACUUGGAAGAUUGCUUUCCAAGCAUUUAUCUGUGCGUUGUUUGGAGGAUCACUAGCCCAAAACAUGUACGCAGAGAGCUUAGUGCUGACGUCAGCUACAUUUGCGGCAGCCAUGAGCAAUCUCAUCCCCGCGGUUACUUUCGUCCUAGCAAUAUUUUUUAGGAUGGAAAGACUAGGGCUGAACACAAGGGCUGGCAAAGCAAAGGUGGCGGGAACAGUGCUAUGCAUAGGUGGCGCAAUGGUUUUGACUUUCUACAAGGGCUGCCAAGUCAAUAUUUGGUCAACCCACUUUGACCUUCUGCACAAGUACCAUCAACCAGGUGGACACGUGGCAGCAUCCCACCACAGGCCCAUUAAUAACAUCCUGGGCCCACUGCUGGCUCUUGGUUGUUGCAUCUCUGUAUCGCUUUCAUUAAUUGUUCAGACAAAGAUGAGUGAGAUAUAUCCUUGCAACUAUUCGAGCACGGCCUUAAUCUCGAUCAUGGGAUCAUUUCAAACCGUUGUGUUCGCUCUUUGUACUGAAAGAGAUUGGAGCCAAUGGAAACUCGGGUGGAACCUUAGGCUUCUUACAGUUGCUUACAUGGGAAUUAUGGCAUCAGGGAUAAUGUGGGUAUUCACCAUGUCAUGUGUAAGGAUGAGAGGGCCGCUAUUUGUAUCGGUUUUCAAUCCUUUGCUGCUCGUGCUCGUUGCACUAGUAGGCUCUUUGCUUCUGAACGAGACGUUACACUUGGGAAGCGUGCUUGGAGCUGUGGUAAUAAUAGUUGGAUUAUAUUCAGUGUUGUGGGGAAAAAGCAAGGAAGUAAAGAAGAUUACUCGGCUUGUGCCAUCAAAGAGCUUUGCAGAGCAAGUUGAAAAUGGCGAAGCUACAAAAGAUGGAGAGAGCUUCAAGGGUAUAAAUCAUGGCAGCAAUAUUAUGGCCGUGACUCCAAACUUCCUACCCGACUCUGAAAAUAUCGAGGUUUUUGAUGAGGAUGAGGAGCAAGAUUUAGAGGCUAAUAAGGGAGAUCAAAUAAAAUCCUCGAUGUGAAGCCUAGCCUAGCUAAUAUUAUGUACCUUUUGGCUUUAAGAGGGAAGUAAAAAUUAAGAAAAUUACUGGUUUGUGAAAAUGGUUACUGCUAACGUUAGGGAUAUAUCACUGAUUUGAAGAGAGUGGUGAUGACAAAACAGGGAAAACCAAGUUAUGUAUGUUAUUCUUUUAUGGUCCA